CGUUCCGUUCGACUUAUGUGUACUUCGUUUUAUUCAUCACGUUGUGGUUCUUGAGAACACAGUGCACUUUGGUACUUUGGUCGGUGCGUGCGUAAAUUAAAUUAUUCCGUACUAUAUACACGCAUUCAUGGGUGAUUUCAUUUUAAACCAAAAUGCGACCAAACGGACACAAUUUAUUUAAAUAAAGUUCUUUAUUUUUUGAAGGUUUUUUUUAUAUCUUGAAUUGUUGUCGACCAAAACUAGUUUGUGGUAAAUGUGAAUGAUAGCACUUCCAUAAUCAUUUAAUGCGAAUUUGCAUAUUGCAAAAAAAAACGUCGAUCUCAAAACGAGCUCAAACUCAAAAGUGAAAAAAACGAAGUUGUGUGGCUUGAUUAUAAACAAGAAAUAGACAUCUGUGACGCACCCAAGUCAAGAGUACAAAUUUUUACACAAGAAACAAGAACGUUUAGUUGGAUUUUUUUUUGAAGAGAAGAGACAUCAUUUACGGUCGCGUCAUCGUGAGUGUUGCAUUGUGCGCAUCGAUGUAUUAGUUUGUUUUCUUCAUCUGUUUGAACUUAGUGAAAGAAACAAUUGGUGAAAAGAGAAGCGGAAAAAUUCCGAAAAUAAUAAACAUCGAAUAAAAAAAAGAAGAAGAAAAAAGAAUGAGCGGAAUGACCGCAUUUAUGAAAUUUCAUUUUUUUAGUACAAUUUAUUGCUUCGAGUGUCCAUUCAUACGGUAAACAGAUAUUCGGGUGAAAUGAUCGAAUGAGUGCAUCGACGAAACAAGAAAAAAAAAAAAAGAAAAAAGAAAGAGAAAACAAAGAAAAUUCACCAAAAAAUCAGUCAGACACAAAGUGUAAUAACAUUAAAUCAGUGAUGCGGCAUGUGAUCAUCUGCAAUAGUUCACAAAAUUGAAAACAAAAGAAUGAUUACGCAGUGACGAAUCAUUUCUUAAGCUCGCUGCAAACAUGAUGAAAGGGAAACAUUCAAACUGUACGUGAUGAAAGAAGAGUGAUUACUUUAGCAUAACAUCAUCAUCAGAUAUAUGAUAUAUAUAUACGACGAUCAUCGCAAAUCAUCGCGCAUCUGGCUGUUAUGAAACGAUUUUGGCAUCGAUGCACCACCGCGUUUUGAUGAUGAAUCAUCGUUGAUCAAUAUUGAAAUGUUGAAACAAAAGCAAAACAAAUAAUUGAAAUUGGGCAUUUACAUAAACAAUACAUCCAUCUCUUGGUUAAAAAGCAUUUUUAAGAUUGUAUCAUUGAUCAUAUAGUGUUCGAACGCAUUUGUAUCAUUAUCAUUUGGCAAACGAUUUCAUUAAGUGUUCAUAUGGUACAGCGACUAGUUGUAUAUUAAAUAAGUAAGACAAAAAAGGAAGAAUUUUUAGUCAAAAUGAUGAAAUCAAUCGCGAUAAUUAUAACGUUAGUGCCAUUGUUUUGUGAAUAUGCUCGGUUGGUGCAUGGUCAAUUGGUGAAUAAGCCGCCUUAUUUUAUACCCGGCUCCGGCGAUAUGUCGCGAUUCAGCCUGUCGGAAAACACACCCAUCGAUAGUCCCGUAUAUCAAUUAAAAGGAGUUGAUCCAGAUGGUGGCCAUAUUCGUUACAGUAUUUCCGGGCCAGUUUUUAGCGUUGAUCGAGACACCGGAUUGAUACGAUUGCGACAAGAACUGGACAGAGAAAAGCAAGACACAAUUGAAGUCAUCAUCAGCAUAACAGAUGAAAGUAUUUUCGGCAUUGAACCAAAUACGGUGUCGUUGCGGCGAGAAAUCACUGUGAAAGAUUUCAAUGAUAAUGCGCCCCAGUUUAUUGCACGACCUUAUUCGACGAGCGUUAGCGAAGAAACGCCAAUCGGCAGUAUUAUCGAAGUUUCACCAAACAUUAUGGUCACCGAUCCGGACGAAGGAAAAAAUGCCGAAGUCACACUGACAUGCAUACCAACCGAAGGCGAUUUUGACGAUAUUUGCGAAAUUUUUGAUAUUUUUACCGAUCGCAUAAGUGAAGGAAAUUUCACUGCAAUCAUUACAUUAAUGAAACCACUUGACUUUGAAUCACGUUCAUCAUAUAUUUUAACAAUACAAGCACAAGACGGUUCGAAAACAAAUCCGUUAUCAUCGGUGGCCACCGUUUCGAUAAAUGUUGUUGAUAAACAAGAUCAAGCGCCGAUUUUUUUGAAUGCACCAUAUUCGGUGACGUUGCAAGAGAAUUUAUCUGAAGAUUCAUUAGUUCUGAGCAUUCAUGCACAGGAUGGUGAUACAGGCAAUCCGCGACCAAUACUAUUAACGCUUGAAGACGAAGAUAAGGGAUAUUUUAAAUUGGAGCAAAUUUCAUCGAAUGCAACUGGUUUCUUGUAUUCGACAGACAUUCCAAUCGAUCGCGAAGAUGUGGACAUUUUUCAAAAUGGUGGCGUUUAUUCCUUUAAAAUUCGUGCCACUGAAAUGAUAAAUGGUGAGAUACCAGCCGAUUUUUCAACAACCCAAGUAACUGUUGUUAUUACCGAUAUUGAUGAUCAUAUGCCCGAAUUUAAUGAACAACAUUUUGAAAUUGAUGUACCGGAAAAUUUGGGCACCGGAACACCGUUACCGGGUCUAUCGAUUUAUGUGGAUGACAAAGAUUUGGGUGUAAACAGUCAAUACAAUUUAUCACUGGAAAAUGUAUUAAAUGCUGAUAACGUAUUUGAAGUGAGUCCAAAAAUUGGUCACAAUCGUACACCGAUUGUGGUUAAAGUAUUGGAUCCAUCUCGAUUAGAUUAUGAUGUUGAUAAUCACGAUUUACGCAUUCUAAAAUUUGAUUUGAUUGCAUCGGUGAAUGGUGUUGGCUUAUCGAGUGCCAGUGUAACGGUUUUUCUGCAAGAUGUCAAUGAUAAUGGACCCAUUUUUGAUAAAUUAAAUUACGAAUUUUCGAUUAGUGAAAAUGCUGAAAUUGACACGAAAAUCGGAGAUCUCAGUGCCACUGACAAGGACAGUGGUAAGUAUGGAAAAAUUACGUACGCACUAAAAGGUUUUGGAUCGGAAAAUUUUCGAACUGAAAAAUACACGGGCGGCAUUUAUGUGAAAAAGAAUUUAGAUUAUGAAAAUCAAAAGAGUUAUAGUUUGUCAAUUGUUGCCAUCGACGGUGACGGUUGGGAAACAAAUGCCAAUAUAUUGAUUUAUGUUCACGAUGAAAAUGAUAAUGCGCCAAUUUUUGAAUCGACUGAGUAUACACGAACUAUUCGAGAAGGUGCCACAGAAUUUGAGCCACAAUUCUAUGUGCGAGCAAUUGACAUUGAUGGACCAAUGCAAGGUAAUGGCAAAGUUUCAUAUUCGAUUGACACCGAAAAUAGUGUGUCGGGUCAUGUAUUUGCAAUUGAUGGUGAAACGGGUGAAAUUAAAAUCGAAAGUCCCGUUAGUUCGGUGGACACAGAACGCGGCCAAUACGAAUUGGUUGUUACGGCAACCGAUUUUGGAAUACCAUCAUUGAAAAAUACAACGCGAGUAUUGAUUCGCGUUGGCAUUUCGGGUAAUCAACGACCAAUUUUUAAAAAACGAUUCAGUAGCGUUGAUUUAAGCGAAUUACCCGGACCAACACGGUAUAAGGUUUCAAUUCCCGAGAAUGCACCUCCAGGCUACAAUUUGACAACCGUUUCGGCAACCGAUCCGGAUGGUUUAGAUGUUUUGCUUACGUAUCGCAUCGUUGGAGCAAACGAUAACUUCGUUAUUGACGAACAAACGGGACUAGUUUCGGUGUCAACAGUUGCACGAUUAGAUCGCGAUACAAAUCCACAUGAAUAUUCAUUGAUUAUAAACGCCGUCGAUGCUGGCUAUCCGAUCAGCGAAACUGGUACGGCAACAUUACUCAUUCAAGUUAGUGAUGUAAAUGAUAAGCCGCCGAAAUUUUCUCAAGCAAGCUACACGGCAUUUGUAUCGGAACGUGUACCAAUCGGAACUGAAGUAUUGCAAACAUUUGCAAUCGAUACGGAUGUGAAUGCAAAAUUGACCUAUUCAAUCAUCGAUCCGAUCGAAGGGGCUUCAAAAACUGGAAUUCAAUUAUCAUCGAUUGCUUCAUACGAUUAUCGUUCAGCAUUUCGAAUCGAUUCGACAAGUGGGCAAAUUUUUGUAAACAACACUUUAAAUCAUGAUUUAGCCGCUGAGAUAUCAUUAACCGUUAAGGUUAUCGAUGAAAAUGCCGUUUACAAUAAAGAAAAACAAAUGGCCAAAGCUGAAGUGAACAUUUUUAUACAAUCGUACAUCGAUACGAAUCCGAUUUUUAAAAACAAAGGAUGGAUCAGCAGCAAUCCAAUUGUCAAAGUAAAUGUUAAAGAAGAGAUGCCAAUUGGUAGCACACUAUUCAAACUAAUUGCAGAAGAUCCCGUUAUGGAACAAAAGAUAAAUCAUUUCGAAAUUGUUGAAGUCGAUCCACAUAAGUUCUUUAGUUUAAAUGAAAAAACCGGUGCUGUUAUGUUAGAGAAACGAUUAGAUUAUGAGGCACUCAACGAAACGGUCAUUCAAUUCACCGUCAAAGCAAUAAGCGACGAUGAAAAGCGAACAACGGUGAGUAAAGUUAAAGUUAUCGUUCAAAAUGUGAACGAUAAUUCACCGGAAUUCGAGCAUAAAAGCUAUAGAGCGAUGAUUGUUGAGAAUACAAAAUAUCCCGAAAAUGUUGUCACUGUUCAUGCCAAAGAUAAUGAUGCGGAAUUAACGCAACAGGAUCGAGAUUUUGGUUUUAAAAGAAUUCGAUAUUCACUGUCCGGAUCGCAUGCGGUAAAUUUUAUCAUUAAUGAAGAUACUGGUCUCAUUCAAAUCGCACCAAAUCAAACAAUCGACCGUGAAAAAGCACCAGAAAUGAAAUUCACUGUGAUUGCAGAAGAUGCGGCUGGUAAACCGACCGAAACUCGACGUAGUACUGCCGAUGUAACGCUGACCAUUUUAGAUGAAAAUGAUAAUGCGCCAAGUUUUUCGCAAAAAACGUAUUCAGCGGUUGUACCAGAAAAUGCUGAAGUUAACACAUUUGUGUUUAAUAUAAGUGCAUUCGAUCCGGAUGACGGACCCGGUGGCGAAAUAUUUUAUGACUUUUUGAUUGAAGGAGAUGCGGCUGGUUUGCUUAAGAUAAAUGCAAAAACCGGUGAAAUUCGUACAAAAUCACCGCUUACCGGUCGAGGCCGGUCGGAACCAUAUGACAUGAUAAUUCGUGCUCAAGACAAUGGCGGCCGAGUUGAAAAGCAAAAAUCCCUCUUUAGCGAUGUACCGUUCGUUUUAUUCAUUGGUGAUGUUAUUUCGAAUUAUGCACCAUACUUCAUAGCUCCACGACUCGGCCAAAUUGCAAAUAUUACCGAGAAUGCAACCAUUGCAACCCCUGUAUUUCAAGUGAUUGCCAAUGAUCCGGACAAUGCAAUGACACCGAGUGGAAUACUCUCAUUUCGAAUUCAAGAUGACAUUGAAGAUGCAUCUGCAUUUAAAAUUGAUUCAAUGUCUGGUUUAAUUACAACCACUAAGUCAUUAGAUCGUGAAACAAAAGCCAUGUACAAAAUUAUAAUCGAAGUAACCGAUCAGGGUCAGCCUCCGCAGAGUGCAACCAGAGUACUACGCAUCAAUGUAUUGGAUAUUGACGAUCAUCGUCCUAGAUUUGCACGAGAAAUAGAGUCGCCGCCAGUUGAAAUGUCGGUUUUAGAAGAACAACCAGCCGGUACAAUAGUCGGUUAUUUGCAAGCGAUCGAUGAAGAUAUAAAUGAAAACGGAGCCAUUGACUAUGUGAUAAUCGAUGGGAAUCAAGAGAGUCUCUUCACAAUUGAACGCUUAAAAAACAAUACAGCAGUCGUGCGAUCAUUACAGCAAUUUGAUCGUGAGAAAGUUGCAUCAUAUUUGAUAACAAUAAAGUGCUUCAAGCACGGAAUAUCACAUGCGGCUAUUGCACAUAAAGCGUAUAAUCGAAAAGAUUUUUCAGAAAUCGAAAUCCAUAUAAAAAUCGUCGAUGUUGAUGACCAUUUACCAGAAUUUAUCGAAAAAAAUCCAUCGUUCGGUGUUCGUAUGAAUGUGCCCAUCGAAUUUCCAUUGACCAUAGUCAGAGCCAUUGAUAAAGAUCCAGAUGCACAGCCGUUAUUUUAUCAAAUCGUAAAUGUAACAUUCAUACCACAAUUUUAUAAACGUGAAAAUAGUUCGAUUGAAAAUGUCAAAGAUUUCUUCAUACUAAAUAAUUCAACGGCCGAAUUGAAAACGGCCAAAAGUCUUGCCGAUUUUGUGGAUGGAUAUUUUGAGAUUUUGGUUCGAGUGAAUAACAUCGAUCAGGCAAGACGUGUCCGGCAUAAUAAAGUGAAAAUUUUUGUAAUUCGUGACAAAUCAUUGUUGCGCUUUGUAUUUGCCAAACCACCAACGGAAGUUAAGGAAUUUGUUGAUGAAUUUGCGAAUGCAAUUCAAGACCGACUCAAAACAUUCGAUUUGGAACUUGAUAUUUUGGAUACAAAAGUACUAACUAAAUCAGAUCAAACAUUUGAUUUCUCUUCGACAAGCUCUUGUUUCCAAUUAUCUCGCCAUGAAUCGGUUUUAACGCCACAUGAAAUGCAAACGAUUAUGGAUUCGGAAGAAAUGAAACAAUCGUUGGUCGAUCUAUUUGAAAAAUAUUCGGUGAGUGCGAUUGAUUCGUGUUCGGUGAAAAAGAGCAUUACGGCUGCAAGUGUUGUUGCAUCGGCCGGAACUUGGCUUGUCAUUUUGGCCGGCAUUAUUGGCAUUUUUGCAUUUAUCGCCACAUGUUGUGCAUGCUGUUUGGCCAAGAAGUACAAAGAUCAAUCGAAACAUUUGUUGGGAAGUAAUCGAACACCACCCGAAUCGUAUGGACCUGGAACAUCGAUUUUAUACACCGAACCAAUUUAUGGACCACUAUAAAAAUCUCUAUGCUUAUUAAGUCUUGCCGUUUUAAUUAAUUUAUCGUAAUUUAACGUGUUUGUGAUAAUAAGUGUACAAUGUUAA